AUGAGACUCACAUAACAUAGCAAGUCCUGUUAAGUUCUUUAAUAAAAAAAAAUCUUUACUUUUAAUGACUAAGAUUUAAUUAACACAGCAGAAUCAACACCAGAUUCAUCAGGAAAUUCAGAAAAACCGUAAUUGUUGGUUUUUAGAAAUUAAAUAAUGCCUGAUUCAUAGAUUGCAAGAGAGCUUCAUGAAGCGUCUAUCUAGUCACAUUGGUAUGUUGAAACACCCAAAGAGUAUGUAGAUAAACGUAGUGUGAAGCUCAAGAAAUAAAAACGUAUAAUUUAGUCAUAUAUUGUUAUUUUAGUUGAAAAAGUUGUUGUAUUGGAUCUAGAUGAGACAUUAAUUUAUCAUAAGCAUAACUAGACUAUAAUUCGUCCAUUUUGCUAAGAUUUUUUGGAAAGAUUAUCAAGAAUCUGUACAUUAGUACUUUUUACUGCUGCUAAAAAAGAACACGCAAUAAACGUAAUUUAAUUGAUAAAUUUUAAGAUGUUAAAAAUUAUAGAUCCAAAUAAAAAAUAUUUUAAAGCAAUUUGCACAUCAGAACAUAUGAUUGGUAGUGUUAAAGAUUUGAGAAUUUUUUAAACUGAUCUUAAAGAUAUUGUUAUUGUUGAAAAUUCACCAAAAAAUUUUAUGUAUUUUUAUUCUCUAAAUAAGUGCUUAAAUCAAUAAUGGUAUACCAAUUAUACCUUUUAUUGGUUAAUAAAAUGA